AUGGGACGCCGCCACGUCAGCCCCGUGCCUCCUCUCUCUCCUCCCUCCGCCGCGGAGCCUAGAUCGGGCCCGCCCCGGGCCACGCCGGGCCCGAGGGAGCCCGCGCUCCGCCGCCGUCCUCCGGCCCCGCCGCCCAUCGCUCCGGCCGCCGCCUCCGCCGGAGGUUCGCCGCCGACCCCGCGCCCCGCGCGCCCCUUGCCGGAGCCGCCGCGCCCUCCGCCCGUGGCCGACCCCUCUGCCAGCGCCCGCGCCUCCCGAGCUCCUCGUCGCGCCGCCUCCCUCCGCCUCCUCUCGUCGCGCCGCCUCCCUCCGCCUCCUCGUCGCCGGCCUCCGCCAUCAUCGCCUCCGGCCGCCGCGCCGCUCGCCUGA